CCUCCCUGGCCUUGUCGGCCUCCCGCCCCCGUGGGGAUUAGUGUCCAGGUUACCCCACCCUGUGGCCUUGCCGCCCCCACAGAGCGCAGGUAUAAGACCAGAUAGGGGAGGGAGGAGCGGUACCAAGGAUGGAGACGCUCCAGGGGCUGCUGCUGUGGCUGCUGCUGAGCUCGGGCGGGGCGUGGUCGUCCAGGGGGCCACUGCGGCCGCUGUGUCAGCCCAUCAAUGCCACCCUGGCUGCCGAGAACGAGGCCUGCCCCAUCUGCAUCACCGUCACCACCAGCAUCUGUGCUGGUUACUGCCCCAGCAUGGUGCGGGUGCUGCCUGCCGCCCUGCCACCCGUGCCCCAGCCGGUGUGCACCUACCGCGAGCUGCGCUUCGCCUCCGUCCGGCUCCCUGGCUGCCCGCCCGGUGUGGACCCUGUGAUCUCCUUCCCUGUGGCCCUCAGCUGCCACUGUGGUCCCUGCCGCCUCAGCAGCACCGACUGCGGGGGCCCAAGAGCCCAGCCCCUGGGCUGUGACAGCCCCCACCUCCCAGGUCUCCUCUUCCUCUAGGGAGCCCCCCAAUCUUCCCCACCCAAACCUGGAGCCAGCAGAUGCUCCACCCUCAAUAAAGGCUUCUCAA